AUGCUGACUUCAUCGGAAUUGCACUCGAAUUCCCUAAAAAGGCCGUUAGAAGCCGAUGCGCACGACCAGCCUGCUACGAAAUGGAUGGCUCAAACGAUACCAUCGGCAAUCCCGCAGAGUUAUUUGAGUCCGGUUUCAGAUCAUACACCUCUAAUUCCAGUUUCGAUAACGAAUAAUCCGGAAACCGCACUGCGAUUGUUCGACGAGCUCUCGCGGAGUCAAGUCAUCCAAGACUAUAUUGCUCGUCGCCACACGAUUCCACUUGUAACGCCGACGACGAUGAAUGCUCAACGAGUUGCUCAGCCGCAACUGGUCCAACCAUAUAUGGCCGGUGGUCCUCAGCUCCUUGCUCCGCCUGUCAUUCCUGUCUCAAGCCCGGCGCCGAUCAAACUUCCAUUGGCUGAGCCAGUAGCCAAACAAGUUCACAUUUAUAUUCCGCCGUGCUUCGAAGGUCCGAAUGACUCGAUCUAUCGGGUGAUAUUUGGCUUUCAAUGUGUGAACUUUUCCAAGUCGAUGGACGACUACUAUAAGUUCAAUUAUAGUAAAUGCGCUAGAAAUCACAAUUUUUUCGAAUCAUGGAAAUUCAUGUCAUAUCCGCCGCACGCCAUAUCCAUUCUCGUCGUACCCCUUCAAAUUUAUGCAACUUUUCUUAUUUGGACCAAAUCACCGCAAAGAAUGAAAUCUGUAAUGAUACCACUCAAAAUAAUGCAUUUCUGGACAACUGUAGUUGAUAUUUUGGUAUCGAUUAUGCUUACACCAUAUUUGUUUCUACCAUGUGCCUGUGGAAUUCCUCUCGGAAUUUUCCGCCUACUCGGAAUACCCACAAUUAUUCAAGUGUUCAUUGGACAAAUAUCGAUAACAACGUUGGUGACUUCGAUUGUUGUUCUUUUUGAGAAUCGACAUCGAGCAAUUGUCGACAUCAAAUAUGGGAUGAGUCGAAAAUCGACGCGAAUCGCAUUCCAUGCUUUCAAUUACACAUGGGGUGUUUUAGUAUUCUUUCCAUAUUUUAUAGUAGGAAAGGAUGAAGAAAAAGGGAAAUUGGCGUUUCUAAAAAUGUCUAUGAAUACUCAGAAGAUUCAGAAACGGGUAUUCCUGAGCAUCACAGUUAGCGCUUCAAUCGUUGUCGUCACGCUUUUCGGGCCUAUUUUCAUUUUAUCACUCACCGUAACCUUUUUCAGCUUUUAUAAUCAAGUUUAUAACAAUAUGUUGGUAAACUUAUUCACAACUCAUGGAUUAUAUUCGACGGUUACUCUGAUAAUUGUCAACGAGCCUUAUAGGAAUUAUACGAAAAAGCUUUUCUCAAAAUAUAGGCUGGAAAAUCCGUCAGGACGUUCUCGCAGCAAUGUGAUAUACAGCAUGUCGAAUUAUCAUACAUAA